GACUUCCUUGCUUAUAGAAAUAACCUACAUCCUUCUCAGCCUCUUCACAGUGACUUCCCUGGUAUGUAUGCACCUUCUACUACUGAAAGCUGCCAUCACUUCCUUCUGCAUAUGGUUUAGCAUCAGUUAAAGGUCCGAUGGUGGAAGGUGCGUGUUGUGCCUGCCUCUGCUACUUGCGGGCUGAAACGGAGAUAGGAAAUAGCAUGUGAAAGCUCGGUCCACUGCCAAGCACCAUCACUUCCCAUACCUUGUCAACCGUGUUCGUCGUACCUAUGACCUCAUUCGUUGGUGACCAACCUCACAAAGGUCCACACCACACCGCUGUCUUCUCCCAACUCCACUGCGUCCGUGUCGAAAAUGGCAGCUCAAAAGGUCUUCGGCAUCUGUGAGCUGGCAGAGCAGAUAUUCCUCGAACUCCCCACGAACGACCUCCUGCUUGUCCAACGUGUCUGCAAACCAUGGAAAACGACAGUCCAAUCAUCCUCGGUCUGUCGGAAAGCGUUGUUUCUUGAGCCAGGUCAAGCAUGCGACGUCAACCUUGAGGGAGGCACGCGAUGUGGAGAUGUGAGGUGCUGGAGUUGCGGUGCGCUAUUCGGAGCAUUGGACAAACGUGAUCGCGACAUUGCACUCAAUCCAAUGCUCGUGCACCAAAUCUAUCUCCAACCUCCUUUCAACUGCUCUCCAUUCGACGACCGUGUCCUCAACGCGAAGCUCCUUGAUGUUCCGAUGGACGCAUCUUGCCGACAGAUGUUCAUCACCCAGCCUCCAUUACCAUUCGCAACAAGCGCUAUCGCGACCUUGGACAAAUGCGCACGAGAGGAUAAGGAUAGACCGCUGAACUGCGCAGCGAAGAAAACCCAUCUUCGCAUCGUGUCGGGUUCAGAAGCAUCGCCGGGCGACUGCAGGGUGUUUGGAGGAGGUCAUAAGCUUGGAGAGAUUAUGGACAGUCUUCAAGAGAGCAUCAGGCCGACCGAGGAAAUCUGUCCACGCUCCUCGUAUUGGACAAUCGCCUGGACGGAAGAGGAGCCAGCGAACAAGACUUUGGGCAUCGAGGACGGCACGGGAAUGGCUUCGAAUUAG